ACCCACCCUCAAACCCAACCUCAAAUCCCCUUCCCUAUUUUUUUUUUCUCUUCACCCUCCGACUCUUGAGCCAUAGUGUACCUCCUCACUAUGACACCAUUUCGCUUGCUAAUAACACUUCUACUUGUUCCCUUUCUAUUUUCUUCCAUUGUCUCCGGCUACUCAUUCAAUGACAUCAAAUCAUGGUGCAACCAAACCCCUUACCCCCAACCAUGUGAGUACUAUUUGACUAGCAAUGCUUUCAACAAACCCAUCAAAAACAAAUCCGAUUUCUUCAAAGUUUCUCUACAACUAGCCUUACAGAGAGCCCAAAAGGGCCAAGAAAACACUCACUCAGUAGGCCCAAAGUGCCGCAACGCCCAUGAAACAGCCGCAUGGACUGAUUGCCUUGAACUCUAUGAGUACACUAUCCAAAGGCUCAACAAAACCAUAGACACCAAGUGCACCCAAACCGAAGCUCAAACUUGGAUAAGCACAGCUCUCACAAACCUUGAAACGUGCAAAGAUGGGUUCUAUGACCUUGGUGUCCCAAACUUUGUGUUAUCCUUGUUGUCCAAUAAUGUAACUAAGUUACUAAGCAAUACACUAUCUCUCAACAAGGGUUCUUACCAACCACCAAGUUACAAAGAUGGGUUCCCAACAUGGGUCAAACCCGGUGACCGAAAGCUCUUGCAAUCAUCUUCAGCAGCUUCUAAGGCUAAUGUGGUGGUGGCUAAAGAUGGGUCUGGAAAGUACACAACGGUUAAGGCAGCCAUAGAUGCUGCACCAAAGAGUAGUAGCGGAAGGUAUGUGAUAUAUGUGAAAGCUGGGGUAUACAAUGAACAAGUUGAGAUAAAAGCGACGAAUAUAAUGUUAGUUGGUGAUGGUAUUGGAAAGACUAUAAUCACAGGUAGCAAAAGCGUUGGAGGGGGCUCCACAACCUUCCGUUCAGCCACUGUUGCUGCUGUUGGUGAUGGAUUUAUUGCACAAGACAUCACAUUUAGGAACACUGCAGGGGCAGCAAAUCACCAAGCUGUGGCACUACGUUCAGGGUCUGAUCUCUCAGUAUUUUAUAGAUGUGGCUUUGAGGGUUAUCAAGACACACUAUAUGUUCAUUCAGAGAGGCAAUUUUAUAGGGAAUGUGACAUUUAUGGCACAGUAGAUUUCAUCUUUGGUAAUGCUGCAGUGGUGUUGCAAAAUUGCAACAUUUAUGCAAGACCCCCUCCACAAAAGACCAUCACAGUCACUGCACAAGGAAGAACUGAUCCAAACCAAAACACUGGAAUCAUCAUUCACAAUUCUAAGGUCACAGGUGCCUCAGGUUUCAACCCAAGUUCUGUUAAGUCAUAUCUUGGAAGGCCUUGGCAAAAGUACUCAAGAACAGUGUUCAUGAAAACUUUUCUUGAUAGCUUGAUAAACCCUGCUGGCUGGAUGGAAUGGGAUGGCAAUUUUGCUUUGGACACUUUGUAUUAUGCUGAAUAUGCAAACACUGGUCCAGGUUCCUCCACUUCCAAUAGAGUUAAAUGGAAGGGUUACCAUGUUCUCACUAGUGCUUCUCAAGCUUCACCUUUCACUGUUGGAAACUUCAUUGCUGGUAACUCAUGGAUACCAAACACUGGCGUGCCUUUCACAUCAGGGCUUUAAAUUGCUUAUUAAUUUUAUAAGUUGGUGCACCUUGUGAUUAGCUCUUGUAUUGAUUCAUGUUAAAUUAUUUGUCCCGUACAAAUCUAUAUCAUGGCUGUACUAGGGAAUAAUAAGGCAAGGAAAAAAAAAUAAUAUCUUGGUACGGCCAAUAAAUUGUAUUGGUAUUUAUAUUGUUACUAUUGAAUUAAAGAAUUGUUAUUGCUGG